UAUGGACAGUUAUAAAUUUGAAACAGAUCAUUCAAUAUGCUACCAGGCCAAUAUUACUACUAGGCUUGAACCAUUUAUGUUUAGAUGUGUGGAAGACGUCUUUACUACUGAUUUCUUAGAUAUUCUCCAUGUAAAAAGAGUACCUACAUUUGAUGAUUUCAUUCAAAUUCUAAGUAAAAUCAAGGAGAAAACUGAUGAGAAUAGUACCUCAAAUUGUGAUAAUGAAGUUAAUAUGACAGUUUUAAUCCUUUAUCACUUAAUGGAUUGUCAUGAAAUGUUACAACUCUAUCUAAAGGAUAAUAACAAUCAUCUGUUCAUUCCUAAUACAAAAAAUGUUUGGUUGAGCCAUAGAGAUUUAUGUUUUUGCAAUGUUGAUUGGAUUGAUAAAAGUGACCUAAAUAUUUGCCAUGAGAAAAUUAGUAUUGAUCUAGCUAUGAGGCUAGGAAUUCAAAAUAAUCAGGAUAAGUACAUUCAAGCAAAAUCUAUUGGAAUUGGAGAAGAAUUUGGUCAAUCAGAGGAUUUAAUCUGUCGUAUUAAAACUCUUCUUCGAGCCUAUCCAAAUGAUGGAACAAUUAUUAAGGAGAUUAUUCAGAAUGCUGAUGAUGCUGGUGCUACUGAAAUUCAAUUUAUUCUUGAUGAUAAUGAAUAUGGAGAUGAGAAAAUAUUUGGAGAUUCUUGGAAACCUUUACAAAAGUGUCCAGCAUUACUGGUUUAUAACAAUGGAAAAUUUCAGAAUGAAGAUUUCAAAGGAAUUCAAAAGUUAGGUGAAGGAAGUAAAAAAGCAGAUGUGACUAAAGUUGGAGAAUUUGGUGUUGGUUUUAAUUGUGUAUAUCAUUUAACUGAUGUACCUAUAAUUGUUGCUAAUCAUGAGAAAAAAGGUCUAGUUUUUUGCGUAUUUGAUCCUCAUCGUUCAUACUUUCCAAACUCUGAAAAUUUUUUUAAGCCAGGCCGAAUGAUACCUUUAGAAAGUAUGAAAUUAUAUUCAGAUGUUUUACAGACAAUACCCAAAGGAUUUGAUCUAAAAAAUGGAGUCUUAUUCAGGUUUCCACUAAGAGAUAGUAGUAUGGCUACAAAGUCAAAACUAUCUGAUAAACCAUUGCUCUUUGACAAAGCAGAAGAAAUGUUAAAAGAGCACUUUUGUAAAACCGCAAAAGAAUGUUUCUUUUUCUUGAAUAGUAUUCAAAAGAUUGAAUUUAAAAAGAAAACUCAUAAUUCAUACAAGAUAUUAUCUUGUAUAUCAACUUCAAAGGAAAUGUUUAGUGAGAAUUACCAGCAAACUAGUUUCACUCAAGAAAUGUAUAAUAAGCAUCAUUACAACCCAAUUUCUUUAUGUUAUUAUCUCAAUAUAAAUGAUUUAGAAGAAGAUCAAAAAUGGUUAAUUUAUCGUUCAUAUGGAUUUAGAGAAAAGGAUAAUUUACCAAAUGAUUUUAAUGAUAAAAAGUAUAAUCCUGAAGCUGGUGUUGCUCUUCCAAUCAAAUUGGAAAAAGGAAUUGAAAUAAAGAAAAAGAUAUUCUGUCAUCUACCUUUACCAAUUGAAAGUUAUAUGCCUAUUCAUAUAAAUGGACGUUUUUAUUUAGAUCACGAAAAUCGAAGAGGUAUUCGACAAAAUUUUGAUUCAGAUAACACAGAAGAUAUUGCAAUUGAAGAGAAAUGGAAUUUGUACAUUUUCACUGAACUAAUAGGCUAUUGUUAUGCUAGAAUUAUUGAACAACUACAAAUGUUAGUUGUGAAGAGAGAGUUGACUUUCUAUGAUUUUUAUAACUUUUUCCCAUUAUUAAGAGAGAAAAAUCCUUUAUUAAAUGGUUUAUGCAAAGGCCUAAUGAAUAAUUUAAGACAGAGUAAAAUAUUUGCUUUUAAAUCUUCAAAUUCAUCAAUUGAAUGGUUGUCUUACAACGAACAUAAUGAUAAAUAUCUUUUAUAUUUUAAAAGCCUAUAUUCAAAUGAUAUUGUUGAUAUAUUAAAAGAUAUUGGUAUGAAAGUAACACAAGUACCUUCACAGUUAAAACAAAUAUUUAAAAAAGGUGAUAUGAAUAUUUAUGAUGUAAAUCCAAUGGAAACUGUCAAAUUUUUAUUAUCUAAAUAUCAUUGCAUUGGCAAAGUUCCUCGUCAUAUCAACAAGACACCAUUUAGGAAUUUAGAACGGUUCCUAAAAUUUAUUGAAUUUAUUCCUGAAAAGUUUGACUUUGAGAUGGAAAAUGAUCCACAGGGAUUGCCUCUGUUUUUAAAUGAAGAGAAUGUAUUAAAUGUUUUUGAUUCUGAUGAUUUGAUAAUAGCAACAGAAUACCCUCUCCUGUUUCAAAAUAUGAAACGGAACGUUGUAAACAAGAAUAUCCUUAAUACUGGGUUGGUUUCUAAACUUAUAGAGACAGGAAUAGUAGAAGAAGAUACUGUAGAGUUGUUGGCUGAACAUAUAGAGUUUAAUAUUUUGGAAGAGCUUAAAAAAUCAACACAGAUUUUAGAAUAUCAUAAAAAAUACGAAGAUUAUAUUACCAAUUUCUGGAAAUGGGUGAACAGCUACAGAUAUAUUUAUCAUGAAGAUUCAGAAGGAUUAACUAAUGUAUUAAAGGAUAUUUUACAUAAAUUUUCAAAUUAUUCACUCCUACUGUACUGCUCUUGCUGGCAAAAUCUAUGCGUUUGCAAGUUAUAA